AUCAAGUCGAGUGCGAAGAUGGCCCGCUUGUGUUUGACUAAUUCAAGAGAGAUGAGGGGAACAGUGAAGCGCUGAUGAUGGUGGUGAUGAUCUCUUUGAGCUAAAUGACGAUUCUUCCUUUUGGUCGCAGGGCCAGCGUCUAGAACAAAGAGACGAAGGAGAAAAGAAAGGCUUGUAACCAUUUUUCUAAUGUGUGAGUGCGUGCCGUCAGUCAAAAAAGAAGUGUUGGAACAUUGACGCGGCUGGCCAGCCAGUCAAGCGCGCACACGUGGCAGAAUAUGGGGCUUCCAUCUUGCCUCGGAUCGACGGCCGAUACGCUUGCGGUCCACCACACAAUUCAUUCCUUUCAUUCAUUCUCGUAAAGUAAUGUCCUCGCAUUUUCUUCGCUAAAGCUGUUCUACAUUUUCUAGGGCUGGGCAAAAGGCAGGGCGAGGCGCACGGGUCGAUCGAGCUACGGGAGCUCUCUUUGCGGGCGCCGGGAGCUCUCCCGCGGGCAAUGCAGUGUUCUUGGAAUUGAGGUAGGGUUUUGCGGCAGCCGGGAGCUUCCGGGUGGGAAAUUUCGGCUCGCGCGACGCUGGAAGUCCAGAAUGAGGCGCUGGAGGGAUUGCUAGGAUGGACAGCUCCUCGGACUGGAUAACGUGAGGUGAAAAUGCGGGGAAAUUUGUGAUGCUGCUCGAGGAGUAAGCGGGAAGAUCCAGCAGGAGAUAGCAUGAGGUGCCUGGAGUAGUGGAAGGAGGGGGAAGAAAUGUUGAACAAGGGGCUGUUUGGAUGGUCUCCACCUCACAUCCAGCCACUGACGCCAGUGUCCGAGGUCUCGGAGCCGCCAGAGUCGCCUUCGCCUUACUUGGAUGCUGGGGGUGAUGCUAUACCCGUGGAUGACGAUGUUCUAGAGGAUGAAGAGGAUAUAGAUUUCUCCCCAGUGGCAGUCUCGUUUUUCAAGCUUUUCGUGUAUGCUGGAACUUGGGACUGGGUGCUUAUGAUCCUUGGGACACUCGCAUCGGCUGUUCACGGUGCUGCGCUGCCGGUUUACCUCCACUUCUUUGGGAAAAUCCUCAAUUGCUACCGGCACAGAACGAGUCAAGCGCGAGUAUACGAUGAUCUCACGCAGUAUGUCCUGGAUAUUCUUUACAUUGCGGGAGCUGUUUUGCUGGCUGGAUGGAUACAGGUCUCUUGCUGGCUCUUGACUGCGGAGAGGCAAUCUUCUGUAAUGCGGUCAAAAUAUCUGCAAGUUUUGCUCAAUCAAGACAUGGGGUUUUUUGAGAGUUAUGCAAGCAAUGGAGAUAUUGUGAGCCAAGUUUCGAACGAUGUUCUGUUUAUCCAGUAUACUAUUGGGGAAAAGGUCAGCCAUUAUGUGCAUAACAUGGCUACAUUCGUCGGGGGUCUUGUAGUAGGAUUUUUGAACUGCUGGCAGAUAGCUCUCUUGACGCUAGCGACUGGACCUUUAAUAGUUGUUGCUGGAGCCAUCUCCAACAUUUUCUUGCAUAAGCUUGCUGAAAGCGUUCAAGAUGCCUACUCUGAAGCUGCGAGUAUCGCUGAACAGGCUAUUGCAUAUGUCCGAACUAUAUAUGCUUUUGCGAAUGAAACUUUGGUGAAGCACUUGUAUGCAAGCGCUCUUCAGACUACACUUGGAUAUGGCGUUCAAAUCAGUCUUGUCCAAGGCGUUGGUCUUGGCUUUAUCUACGGUCUAGCUAUCUGUUCUUGCGCUCUUCAAUUGUGGUUUGGUCGAAUACUUGUUGGAAAAGGAGAUGCCAACGGUGGUGAAGUUAUCGUGGCAGCCUUCGCAAUCAUUUUAAGCGGACUAGGGUUGAACCAGGCAGCAACAAAUUUCCCGGCUUUUGAACAGAGCAAGAUUGCAGCUUAUAGACUCUAUGACGUGAUUGAAAGGACAAUCGCUAACACUCAACAGGGAAAUAUUCUUGCUAACGUUCAAGGAAGUUUGGAGCUCAAGCAUGUCUAUUUCAGCUAUCCUUCGCGCCCCGAUGUACCCAUAUUGAGUGGCUUGUAUCUCCAAGUAGCUCCAAAGAAAACCAUGGCUUUGGUUGGAAGCAAUGGUGCUGGGAAAAGUAGCAUUCUAUCACUAAUUCUUCGCUUUUAUGAUCCAACUUUAGGCGAGGUGCUUUUGGACGGUGAAAACGUACGAAACCUUCAAAUGACGUGGCUGAGAAGUCAGAUUGGGUUAGUGAGUCCCGAGCCUGCGCUGCUUGCGUCUAGCAUCAAAGACAACAUUCUUUAUGGCCGAUCAAACGCAAGCAUGGAUGACGUCGAGGAGGCUGCGAAGACUGCUCAUGCUCAUGCAUUUAUCAGCUCGCUACCUUUCGGAUACAAUACACUGCUUGGCGAUGGAGGGAUAACUUUGUCAGAAGAAAUGAAGCUAAAGCUAGCCAUCGCUAGAGCCGUCUUAAAGAAUCCACCCAUCCUACUACUUGACGAAGCUACCAGUAAUCUUGAUCCACAGGCCGAACGGAACGUGCAAGAGGCCCUUGACAUACUGAUACUUGGUCGGACGACACUCGUAAUCGCUCACCGCCUGGCUAAUAUCCGGAAUGUGGAUGUAAUCGCUGUUAUUGAAGAAGGCCAGCUUGUUGAGCUUGGUACUCACGAUGAAUUGAUGGCUGCCGAUGGAACGUACGCAGAACUAAUUCGCCUUGAGGAGACGGCAAGAGUUGUUCCUUGGAACAAGAAAAGCUUCAGAGAAACAGCUCAUACCUCCUCUCCUCGAUUGAUACGCUCUUCUUCCGUCGCAGCGCAGAAUGGACAACGCUACGCGGAGUUUAGUAGCGUUCACAGCUCACCGCCUCAAAUUCCAAGUCCAUCAUCUGAAGACAAAGAAUCCGUAACGUUUGGCAGCGGAACGGCGGAAGGAGAAAAAAAUCCGCAACACCCGCCACCGCUGGAUAUUCACAACUUCCAACAAAUACCUUUCAAGUCUGAUCCGGAAUCUCCCGUGUCGCCGCUCCUGACAUCUGACCCCAAGAACGAGAGAUCUCACUCGAAGACAUUCAGCAGAUCCAUCUCGCAGCUGGUAGAGCUGGAAUCGACGAGCAUUAUCCCCGAGACUCCUGGGAACAAUGAGAAGCCAAGCUACUGGAGGCUCAUACAACUGAGUGGACCUGAAUGGUGUUAUGCCUUUGUCGGAAGCAUCGGUGCGGCGUUUUUUGGCUCCUUCAAUCCGUUAAUGGCCCUUUUCGUCGUUCAAACUGCUCAGUACUACUAUCACGCGCAGGACCACCGCAGUAAACGUGAGAUAAACAAGUGGUGCUUGCUUGUGACUGGUAUGGGAUUAGCGACGGUUUUCGUCAACUUCCUGCAACACUUUUACUUCGGCAUCAUGGGAGAAAAAAUGACUGAACGAGUUCGAAGGCUAAUGUUCUCAGCAAUUUUACGCAACGAGAUCGGGUGGUUUGAUCAAGACGAUAAUAGUACCGAGGCCCUGUCGAUUCAGCUGGCGAAUGAUGCUACUUUUGUUCGGGCAGCCUUUAGCAACCGGCUCUCAAUUAUCAUCCAAGACACCGCUGCUGUUGUCGUGACUGUUUUAUUGACGACCUUGCUCCAGUGGCGUUUGGGAACAGUUGCAAUUGCUACCAUUCCUCUGCUUAUAGUCUCAGCUAUUUUCCAGAAAAUGUGGGUGAUGGGAUUUUCUGGGAACAUUAGAGAAUGGCAUACGAAAGCUUCCGUAGUCAUUGAGGACGCAGUCAGGAAUAUAUGCACCAUCGCAUCCUUCUCUGCUGGAGAUAAAGUCGUUCAGCUGUACAAGAACCAACUCGCGAGACUCCAGGCCCGAAGUUUUAUCCGUGGUCAGGUCACAGGGAUCGCCUUCGGCAUUUCUCAGUUCCUUCUGUUUGCAUCCAACGCUUUCGUUCUCUGGUACGGGACCGAGAUAUUGAAAAGGCACGACGGGAGGCUCACCGAAGUCUUGAAGGCAUUCACCGUGUUCUCGUUCGCAACGUUUGCGCUGGUGGAGCCUUUCUGUCUGGCACCUUACAUCCUCAAGAGACGGGAAUCACUGAGGCCCGUGUUUCAGAUAAUUGACAGGAAACCAACAAUCGAGUCCGACGAUGGUGACGGCCUGAAGCUUCCAAACAUCUUUGGUACCAUAGAGUUUCGUGGCGUCGAGUUCAGAUAUCCGACGAGGCCAGACGCAGUUAUACUCAACGAUUUCAAUCUCAAGGCAACGGGUGGACAGACGGUGGCAGUCGUGGGACUCUCAGGAUCCGGCAAGAGCACAGUCAUCUCUCUGAUCGAGCGGUUUUACGACCCCGUAGCCGGCUCGGUGACACUGGACGGAAAGGACCUCAAGGCUUUCAACCUGCGGUGGCUUCGCAGCAACAUGGGCCUGGUACAGCAAGAGCCGGUUCUAUUCUCCACCACCAUUCGAGAGAAUAUCAUCUACGCCAAGCGCAACGCAACCGAGGCCGAGAUGAAGGAGGCUGCCCGAAUAGCAAACGCUCACCAGUUUAUCAGCGGGCUGCCUCACGGAUACGACACGCACAUCGGCAUGCGAGGGGUGGAGCUCACCGCCGGACAGAAGCAACGAAUCGCCAUCGCGAGAGUUGUGCUCAAGAACGCUCCCAUCUUGCUGCUGGACGAGGCAAGCUCCGCGGUGGAGAGUGAGUCGAGCCGGGUGGUACAGGAGGCGUUGGACACGCUCAUUCUGGGGAACAAGACCACCAUCGUUAUAGCUCACAGGAUUGCGAUGCUCAAGCGGGUGGACAAAGUGGCGGUGCUUCACGACGGCCGGAUUGUGGAAGAAGGAGCUCACAACGUUCUCAUGGAAAGAGGCGGCCUCUACUCGCGGUUUAUCAUGUCACACAUGUCCAAGCCGAUGAGGCAGCACACGGUUUCCAGCUACGGUGGUUAAUCGAUCGGUUCUUCCCGGGGGCGCGAGAGAAGUUUUCCAGGAACUCGGGAGGAAAAAGAAGAGGGGACGCGACGCUGUACAUAAGGAAAGAAAGAAGAACGAACGAGACAACGAAGAACAACGAGAACGAACGAGACAACGAGAUUCCAGCGAAAGCUUUCAAGAAAAAGAAAAGAACUGUAAGAUACUCCAAUUUUUUUGACUAUACUGGUACUAGCUUUCACUUCUUAGAGCUGUGUUUUUUGGGCAUUUACGAGCUGACCUUCCAGGGAAAUAAUAAUCGAUUGGCAUUGUUUUUCA